AUUGACCUGACAGAUGUCAUAAUUUUAGGUUAAAUUUUAAAUUUAACCAUGUAGAUUUUCCAAAAAUCCUUAAUUUUUCAAGUUUAAUUUAUAAAAAUGGUUGGUUAUAACAAAAAUUCAAAUUUAUCGAAGCUAGAUUUCGCAAUUGCUGGCGGUGCAUCAGGAUUUGUGACGAGAGCAGUAUGCCAACCAUUGGACGUAUUAAAAAUAAGGUUCCAAUUGCAAGUGGAACCAAUCUCAGAACAUUCAGUAUCAAAAUACAGAUCGAUAUUUCAAGCCGUAGGUUUAAUUUUAAAGGAGGAAGGCCCUAAGGCUUUUUGGAAGGGCCACAUACCAGCACAGUGGCUCUCAGUGAUAUAUGGGGUGGGUCAGUUCUGGACUUAUGAGGUUUUAUCCAGGCAAAGUGCUAAAUUAAAUGUACCAAACAAAUAUUCACCCAUAAAUAACUUUCUUUGUGGAUCUGUUGCAGGUGGUGUAGCUACAAUAAUUUCCUUUCCUUUUGAUGUAAUUAGAACAAGAUUAGUGGCUCAGAGUGAACAAAAAAAGAUUUACAGGGGCGUGGUAGAGGCUGGAAUCUCAAUAACAAAAAAAGAGGGUUUUUUAGUUUUGUACAGAGGUCUUUUACCCACUGUUCUACAAAUUGGACCUCAUGCAGGGGCACAGUUCAUGUGCUACCAGAUUUUUAACGAUUUAUACAUAAAAUUAAUCAAAAUUCAGAACACUUCGCUAUCGAGUAGUCUAAUGGCGGGUAGUUUGGCAGGUUUAUGCGCGAAAACGCUUAUUUAUCCGUUUGAUUUAACCAAAAAAAGAAUGCAAGUACAAGGAUUCGAAGAAGGGAGAAAAUCGUUUGGUCAAAUGUUUUAUUGCAAAGGCUUUAAAGAUUGUUUGAUUAACAUUUAUAGGUUAGAAGGUUUCGCUGGGUAUUUCAAAGGGCUCACCCCCAGUCUUAUUAAGGCUGUGUGCACCACUGCCCUUCAUUUUAGUAGUUACGAAAUGAUUUGUAAAUUAUUGGAGAAGUCUAAUUUUUAAUUGUGAUUUAAGUACAAAAAUUCAUAUUACCCAUAGGUAUGCCCAAAGAAUAUUAUUUUUAAAUUAUAUUAGAGAGUUUAUUUUGUUGAUUAUAGGUAUAUUCAAAUUUCUAUUUAUUGUUAAAUAUUCUGCCAAGCUUUAAUGAAUCUUUAAGUUAGUAUUCUGUCUAGUCAAGUUAACAUGUGAUAAUUAUUAUGUUGAAUUUUGUUAAAAUUGUUUAAUAAAC